CGCUGCAACACGAUAACUUGUGGAGCGCGGAAAGACAACAAGUCCUUUUCUCCUCUUUAGCCUCGUGACUUAAUUGUGCACAACAUUUGUUUUCUUUUUUUCCCACACAACAUAAUAUUUAUACUUCGCGUUACAUUGAAAACUCGAAACGGCUUCACGGCCUUUCGCUCGAACGUUUCCUUACGCCGUUGUUUCUCUACGUCACCGCGUUCCCUUUAAAAUACGUCACUGAAAGCGCGAUUCCCAUUGGCUGCUAAGCGAUUUGAAAUUUCCAACGGCUCCCCCCUCAACGCCGGCAUCCCAGCUAAACGCCGAUUGGCUGGCCGGCGGUGACUUUCAGCCAAUCGCCGCGGAGCACCAUGUUCUCCGGGACUUCUUUCUCCGAGUUUGAAAACGCGACCAGUUUUCAGCAGAGAAACGAACGCGGUGUCGGGAGUUUAGGGCCCGAUUCCGGUACAUUUGUGGCCUCUGAAAUCGGGGGCGGGGAAGGUGAGGAGAGUCGGUGAAUGGGACGAUUUGGUGUCGCCGUUGCUGUUCGGAACAUCGAUCGAUCGGGCCUGGUGUGUGUGAGAGAGACUGACACACACAGGAGGAGGCGGCAGUGAGCGCGCGGGGACGGGGACGACGACGACGACGACGACGACGAUGAUGAUGAUGCCGAAUCCGAGGGGCAAGAAUUUGAAACCCGCUGCUGGCGGGGGGUCCGCGAUGGAGAACCAGGAGGACGUUGCUCACAAUAAGAGGUCUCCAUCCUCUCCUCAAGGAGCCCCAAAGAAAAGAUCUGCCUUUGUGGACAUCACCAAUGCUAACAAGGCGUUGAUCAGCAACCCUGCGAAGAAGACGGCUGUGAAGAAGACCGGCAAAAGCAGCACUCUAGCUGUGAAAAACGAGAGCAACAUCAAGAAGUCAGACUCUGUAAUCUUGGGGGGUCAAGCUGAGAAGGUGAAGGUGGGAAAAGCCCCUGUUGAGGAACGUGUGGAGUCCCCAAAUAAGCAGCCUUCUCAAGAACAACAGUCAUCGGUCCCCAAUGAGUUUGACAUUGACAGAGAGCACAGUGGUGACUGCUUCAUGACUUCCGAAUAUGCCAAGGAGAUCUUUGAUUAUUUAAAAAGAAGGGAGGAGAAGUUUCUCUUGCGGGACUACAUGCAGAAGCAGCCGGACCUGAACCAGGACAUGCGAGGAAUUCUGGUGGACUGGAUGGUUGAGGUGCAGGAGAACUUUGAGCUGAACCACGAGACUCUGUACCUGGCUGUGAAGCUGACAGACCACUACCUGUCCAGCACUGUGGCCAUGAGGGAGUCCCUGCAGCUCAUUGGCUCCACCUCCAUGCUCAUUGCUUCCAAGUUUGAGGAACGCUGUCCGCCCUGCAUUGACGAUUUCCUGUACAUCUGUGACGACGCCUACAAGCGGGAGGAGCUCAUCUCCAUGGAGGUUAACAUCCUGCAGGCGCUGAAUUUUGACAUCAACAUCCCGGUGGCGUACCGCUUCCUGCGUCGAUACGCAAGGUGUGUGCAGGCCGACAUGGAGACCCUCACCCUCGCGCGCUACGUCUGCGAACUGAGCCUGAUGGAGCUGGAGAUGGUGCCCGAGCGAGCGUCCUGCCUGGCGUCCGCCUGCUUGCUGCUCGCCCUCAUCAUGAAAGAACUCGGAGGCUGGACGCGCUCGCUACAGUACCACGCAGGCUACACGGUGUCUGACCUGAGCCCCCUGGUGAGGAAGCUCUACUCCAUGCUGGCGCUCCCUGCUGACGACAAGCUCAAAGCCGUGAGGAACAAGUACUCUCACAAGGUGUUCUUCGAGGUGGCGAAAACCCCUUUACCCACAGUACAGGCACUAGAGGGGGCUUUGAAAUGAAGACAUGCAAACUGACCGUAAAGAAGAUGAUGUUCACAAUGUUGUAAAUAUGGACUCUGUAUUUCCUUGUAUGAUUUUCUAGAAAAGUUUUAUAACUGCUUUGUAAUUAUGGCUUUGUAUUUAGCAUUUUGUGUACUUAAAGUUUUAUAUGAACAGCUUCACUUGCACAGAAGAUGUUUUUUAUGGAACGGUGAUGUUAAAAGAGUAACUUUUACAGUUUAAUUGAUGUUCUAGACUAGUUACUGAAAUGUUUUUCCAUUUUAAAUGUUACUUUUCUACGUUCCGUUGGACCCACAUGCAGCCUACAGCUGACUAUCUGGAGGUGUUCUGUAAAUAAAA